AUGACGUGUCUAGCGUAAGGGAUGCCAUGUUGCGACACUCCUCAUGUUCGACACGUGACUGGUUGAUUUUUCCGUGUCGAAGACACGUCUACGCGCGAAUGCGUAAUCGAGCUUAAAAAUCGAGUUAAAGUUACGGACGUCGUCCGAGUCGCACGCGCACCCUGUAUCGGGCAGUUCGACGAUACUUGUCGAAGGUAACGAAUGACGGUGACGUCGUGCCGUGGCAACACGUUGCUUCACGAGUGACGAAAUAUCCGUGUUUAUAUUGAACAUCGGUCGAAGGGUCCACGUUUCGAAAGCACCUGUCACCGUUUGACAGGUGAGAGGCAGGGUACUCCUAUUGUAGAGGGAAGCGUAUCCCUGGACAUUGGGACGAAGAUAUAUUACGUCGUUGCGACAGAACAGGACAUCUGAUCUCGUCGUGUAUAGAAUACGACAUAUAUAUGUAUACUUGAAGGAACUCACGAGAAUCCUGCCGGUGAAUUCUACCAAGUGCGACUUGUAUAAGAGGUUAGCUGUUGCAUGCAGUGUCAGAGUUAACGUUGAGGUAGAGUCCAACAACGAAUGCGCCUAUAUAACAGGGAAAUCGUGGAAAUACGUAGGAAAGUAUGACGAUUUUCGAUGACCCGGGGAACACGAGAGCCAAGGGAUUACGAAUCCGGGAGGCGAAGAAUCACGUUAACUAAUACCUAAUCUGUGCAAUAAUAAAUGUACAUUCUCGAGGAAGAGACGAUGUGCGGCGUUCCGACACGUGUGUGUUUCAUUAAGCUGCCAAAGAUUAUUGUGUUGUGUUAAUCUGUUUCUUUUUCGUGCUGUCAAAAAAAAAAAAAAAAAAAAAAAAAAAAACUAACGGUAUAUAGACAUAUCGGGCAUAUUGUGAUGAGUUACACCAACUUCGGGCGAGGAAGGGGCUUAAGGCCACGAGGUACUCGUGGCACCGCGAGUUCCUUCGGUAGAGCCCGAUUCCUGCAUCCACCCUUUCGACAUGUAGGCCCCCUGAGGCCAGGGCGACCCGCGCUAUUCAUGCCCUGGCAACAGAACAAUGUAUUUUUUCAGCCCCACUUGUCACGUGGCAACCCGCAGUUCAGACCAGGUGGUAGGAGAAAGAGCUUUUGCAACUACAAUGCACGAUUUCCAGCCCCCAAUAGGCUGCCCGUGCCUCCAGAGCCUUACGAGGAAGCUGUCGUUAUUGCACCGGAUAACUUGAACAGCCUGCAGAUAGAGUAUAAUCAGACAGAUGCUAUCCCACAGCAACCCCUGCUUGGUUCUGAAGAGGAGCGGCAGCAGAAGAUCUCGGAAACGGCGGAUCGUUUGAGACAAAAACUGUCUUCUUUCAGUGGUGAAAUGCAUAAUAUUUGGAACCAUGAUAAGCUACUUUCGUCUACCAUUGCCGAAGAUGACUGUGAGAACGAUGAAAAUGUUGUUGCGUUCAAGUAUGGAGAACCUGAGCUUGAUCCAACUUCUAUUGAUCCGAUGAGAGACACUGGAAAAGUAAAUUCUAACAAUUCGAGAUUUGAUAACACACAAUAUGUAUCUAAUAAUAAUAAUAAUAAUAAUUCAAGUAGAAAUGUAGGAACAUUAGGUAAAAAUGAAGAUGAAUCUCGAUUAGAAGCGAUACCUAACAAUCAAAUGACAAAUUUAUCGGAUGAGAAUGAGUAUUUAGAAAUGGACAACUGGCUUGAGUCGGUCGAUAAUUUUCACAAUUUAGAACAAUCGGAUUUACAUGAUAACAAUGUUGAAAGUGGAUUAUUAGACUCGGAUCUUCAAUGUCAGUUUAAUACACCUGUGGUUAAUACUUCGCAAGACUGUUGUGAUCAACAGGAUAUCUCUCAGGGAAACAAACCUCUAACAGAUGUUACAGUGAUAGAACAAGAUGUGUCUAAAAAGCCAACUUUACAGGAUAUACCGCUCCCAAAUUUGACAGGUCAGGAUAUCUCGCAACACAAAAAUGUAUUGGAAAGUGAACAAGAACCAAUGACCACAAAUUUAGAAAUUCAAAACAACGUUUUAGAAUCCCAGAUUCCUACAAUAAGUUCAGUUAGUAAUAAUUGUAAUAGUAAUAAUGCAGCAUCAUCACAACCAAUAGUAACUACUGCAUCAGUAUUAAAUAAUGUUACAUUGGAUAAUCAAUUGUCGAAGAAAAAGACAAAUCCCUUUCAUACUGAACCACCAAAACUAUCUCGGUAUACUAAACAAAGAAAAUUGCCUAUUGAUUUUGAUCCAAGUACUCCACCGCCAAUACUUACAAAACAGGAUCAACCACGUGUUAUGCCUUUACGUCCUAUAGCUAGUUUACCACCAUUGAGACCAUUAUUUGAUCUCACAACACCACCACCAGGUAUGAGACCUUUGCUGACAUCAACAAUAUCUCGAGGAACAGAAUUUUCUGCAUGGAAUAAUGUCCAAAAUCCAGUACCUGCCAUUUGUAAUAACAUAGAAAUGCAUGCAGAAUUAAAUCCAAGCGGAGGAUUUAUAUCUCGACCAUUACCAUUAGAAAUGUCCAGUCCAGGUAACGUUUAUUUGUCACCUCACAUUGAUACGAUACAGUUUUCUCCAUUUUCUUCUAUGCCAUCAGAUAAUCCUGCCAUCGGUACAAAUGUCUCAUCGCAUCCAAUGUUUCAAAUGCAUACAUCUCAUAAUACCUAUACAGUUUCCCCACCGGAACUCUUGCAGCUCUCUGACUGCAAUGUGGACAAGGACGACAGUUUAAAUGACAUGCAAGAAGCUUUAAAAUUUGCAAAACAAAUGACAAGUGUAACGGAAAGAAGAGACCAAGAUUCAAAUUCUAAAGUUCUUUGCGAAAGUAAUACCACAAUUAAUAAUGUAGAAUCUAUAUCUUUACCUCCAGGAGAACCAAAAAGUAAAAGUAAUACAUUGAAGAAAACAAAACGAAAUGAUACACAUAGCAAGAAAAUAAUUCAGGAACCUAAAGUGUUGGACCAUCUGUUAUCCGAAGAAAGUGUAGUACAAGAUACAAAUACAAGGUCUACUGAGACAUCACUAAUGAAUGAACAAGAACGUCCUAAAGUGAUAUUUAAUUUAAAUAAUAAAACGAAAAUAGUGAAUACUAGAACAGGAUGGCGAGAGAGUAGUGAGAAAAGAAAUGGCAUAAUACAACCUGUGGAAUCAGAAAAAAUGUCUUCAAUUUCUAAGAAAAAUUUUGAAAGUACAUUAAAACGAAGUGAAAAAGAGCGAAAGAAUUUAAAAACGAAUAAUAAUAAUUCAGGAAAUAAACCGUUAUCUGAAUCAAUUGGAAGUCAAAGUACUGUAUCGUGUCACAAAAAAAUACAAAAAAAUGCUCCUACAGAAAAAUCUCAUUCUAACAUUUCGUCGUCGAAAAACGAUGCGCAAAAAUCAAAUUGUGUAGAAAAGAACGAAAGUAGCUGGGAAACAUCUUGGAAGAACAAAAUCAUUAAUAAAUUUUUGAAAAUGAGUAAAAACGACAUCUUUAACAUGGUGAAUAAUACUAGUCUUCGAAAGUUUGAUGUUAUAAUGAAACGUCUAGUCAAAGAAAAAAAGUCCACAUUAUCUUUGGGAAUGAGACAGAUCGAGGAUGAGAAGAUGAAACUGUAUGAUCAGCAGGAGUUUAUGAAGCAGUUAAACGCGAUGCUAGAGACGGAUGCAGUUGUAUCUAUUACGGAUCUAUCUACAGAAUUUAUUCAUCACUUGAACGAAGUAUUACAACUGGAUGUGCAACUGGACAAUCAUCUUGAAUCUGUAGCAGCAGCUUCGAGUAGCCAGAACAAUCACUUGGAAGAUGCAAAUCAUGUGUUCAGUCCCGCGACAUUGUUUACCGAAGAUUGCGCAAAUAAAACGGCACCAUUAAACUAUACAAACCAAGAAAAAAAUCCCGAAAGAAACAAAAGCCACAUAACAAAAACGGGACACGACAGAGAUACGCAGAUACAACAUACUAGUAGAAAUAAUGAAUUUAAUUUGAAAGACGAUACGUGUAGUACUGUUGUAUCUAAUAAAUCUAGUAUUAGUAGUAAAUUGUCGGCUCUACAACAUGAUCUGGAUGAUAUAUUUUCAGAGGUAACGAAGAAAAAUCAAACUCCCGCAGCAGUAAAGGAACGGAAGCAUUGUAGCGCGAGCCAACGAAAUGCAAAUAAUUUCGAUGACGGCGCGAUUAUGAGGAGCACGGAGAAAGAUGCGCUUGUGGAAGAUGACAGAGUGCACAAAUCGGAGAACUGUGCGCACUGGAUUGAAAGAUGCAACAGAUGGAAGAGAAAGGAACAGGAUGAUCCGUACGCGUACAGGAAUCUUACCAAAGAAGAGUGGGAAGCGAGACAUGGAAUACGAGCAAACUCGGUCGGAUCUUCGUCUUCUCUUACGAAAAAAAUUAAUAACAACGAAAAUUUAUCAAACAGAGAACGUAUUAGAAAAUCUUAUCAACGACGCCGUCAUUCGUCUGAAUCCUCAAAACAUACAACAGUUACAAGGCACAGAACCUUGGAAAAAGACAAGCAUAAAAAGUCUAGGCGACACAGCGAUGACAGAAGACAUAGUACAGAAUACUUGGCGUAUCAUGAUACUGAAAACAGUAACAGUAGUAGCAACAGCAACACUAGCACCAGCACCAACAGUAGUAGCAGCAACAGCAGUAGUAGCAGUAGCAGCAAUGAUAGUAGUGGCAAUACGGAACCAAAUGUUACAAAGCUAUUGAGGGCGAUAAAGGAAAAAGAGAAGGUUGCCAAGAAAAUGUCGUUGAACGAAACGAUAAGAGACGAGGUGAACGCCGAGAUAGAGCGGGAACGGAAACAGAAGUCGAAGAAAUCACGAAAAUACAAAAAAUGGCGAAAAAGGGAGAAAUUACAUCAUAAGAAGAAAAAGAAACAUCAGCAAAGCAAGAAAAUAACGAAUAGUUCCGAAUCUUUGGAUAAAACUAACAAUGAGGAAGUAACAAGAAUGUUGACGGAGAACGAAAUUAAGAAAGAAGUCAUGGAAAAUCAAAUUACGCAAGAAGUAAUUGUCAAGGAGGAAUUGGACAUCGGUCAGGAAGAAAAUACCAGAGAUACCGCUGAAUUUGCGAAUGCCUCUAAUCACGUGAUCAUGGAAAAUAAAUCAAUGUAUUCGCCUCCGGAGUCUCAGAGUAAUCUGGAGUCUGCUCUUUUGACACUAUCAUCGCAUGCUGAGGACAGACCGCCAACGGCUUCACCGACGCAACCGAAAACCAAGGCGCAAUUAAAACAAAUGCCAGAAACGAAUGCCGAUACGAAUGACAACAAAAUUUUCUUCAAAAUAUUUACCAGCAUACCAGAGGAUUGGGACACGAUUAAUCCGACGGAAUGCUCGGAGAAUUUAAAUAAAUCUUAUCAAACCACCGACUGUAAUCGAAAUGAAACUGAAACUUCACUGCCGAUCGACAACUUCGCGAGGGAUAUAAAACAUUGCGGGCAUUUAUUACACAAUGAUCCUGAAAAUACGAUAUCUCAACAAUCGGAGGGACCAACGUGCGCGUCUAACAAGUCGUUUAUCGCUUUUAAAAUGAAAGCUGACACUGAUAUCUUAGCUUCCGCUAAUGUAUCGAAUAAAACAACAAUCGUCGCGUCAGAUGUGCUUACUGCAGAUAAAAAACCUCGAACCUGUAGGAAGAUCGACAUAAAGACGUAUUUUGAGCGCAACAUACAACGUCGCAUAAACAAGCAAAGAGAAACGAAGAGAUCCGCAGAGAAUCUUGCAACGUCGACUCAAGAUUUAUCUCUCACGCCGAAGAUCGCCGAGUUGGAAUCAACUCCAGUCAACAAAUCUACAUCCGUAUUUGCUACGACGUACGAUGGCUCUCUUCAGGAUCCACGAUUACUUUCGGCAAGAGCUGUUCCUUACGUCAUAAAUAGCAAAGAUAAUGAUAUUGCACAGACGUUGAGAAAAAAUGUUAGGCAAAAAGAGAGGCAAACGACGAAGAAAUCCAAGGUCCCAAAAAUAGCAUCGAAACCUGAAGAAGGAAAUUCGAACCGUGUUAUCGAUACUGGCAAUGCUGUCGAGCAAAUUAAUCAGAAUACAUUGAAAGGUAAAUAUACACCAACUACUACUAAUGCAAGUGCCGAUGCUCUAUUUAACGUUGUAACAACAACUAAAACCGCAUUAUCGAAAUCUAAGAAAGGCUUAAAAAUUGCAGAAAACGUGACGGAUAAAAAGUUGCAAGACAAAGUUCCGUCCGAUUCUAAAAGAUUCCAGAACAUUCGGUCGGAAGGAAGUAAAGAGUUGAAGCUGAAGAAGGAAAUGUCGAAGGCGCAGAAGAAGAAAUCUGCGAUAGCAAUAAAAUCCAUCAGUAUCGUUUCGACAAAGUAUCCCUUGAAGAAGACAACAAAAACGAAGGAUGCGAGAGAGAUGACUCGAGAGAAGGAAAGCGAUGAUAAGAAAAUGAAAAUUGAAUGCACCGCGAGUUCUUGCAAAAGUAAGGUAAACAAUAGCUACGCAGAUAUGAAAUCGUCAAUAAUUGUACUGCAAAAGGUUGAUAACAAUAACGAAUUAUCGCACAAUGUUGAUAAGAAUGUGAAAGAAUUUAUUAAAGGAGAAAUUAUUGGAGAAGACGUAGGCAACAUCGAAAGCACCGAUUUAUCCGAGACUAUGCGAAAUGAAGAGGAUCCUAACGUAGAAAGUGGAAAUACAGCGAGUCUUAAGAUCACGAAUCAAGAAGAACAGAGGGUAGGAGAAUUUUCUAAUGUCACUUCCGAACUCGAUGUACAAGCGGCCUCUAUUUCGAGCGAUAUCAUAAAAGCGAUGCAAGUGAACGUUUCUACAUCAAGUGAGAAAUCUAAUGCGACGAAAGAGCUUUCGUUGAAGAAUUACACGGAUCAGAUUCAAGUUGAAGAAUCGAAUAAUCAAAAUCUUCCUACGAUCAAAGAAUCAGAUGCGAUAUCUCGAUUAAAUAUUAUCAACAAGGUUGAGAAGGAUCAAGGGGUGAAUGAUGUCGAAAUGAAUGAGAAUAAAGAGAACAUUGUGGAACCGGUUAUGUCGGAUUGCAUAUAUAAAUCUGUGAGCGCGGACGAAGAUUCUUCGUCUAGGAAAACCACGACUGAACUGUCAUUGGUGUCGAACGAAAAUUCUACGGAGCAGCAGACGGGGAACGGCGUUAUCUCUCCCGAAAGCGCGGGUAGUCCGUUCAAAGGCUUCCUUCAAGAUAGCAUCGAGUUUGAAGAGCCUAAAUUCAAUCUCGAAUUACACAAAAUCGACGUCGUUAAGGACAAUUUCUUAAAUAAUGUCAAUUGCGCGACACGAAUCGACGAUCAAGAGGAAACGUCGAAAGAGAAAAUGACGAAAGAACGAGAUAACUACGAGACAUUGGAGCGUCCUUAUGCUAAUGACAUGAGUAUCAACGAGAAUUUCGACAUCGCUUUCGGCAAUACUUUACUUGCCUCGAAUAAGGAGACAGUCGCGGACAAGAGUGACAAAACCGACUUGACGGCGGACGAAGAUCGACGGGCACAAGUCGUGGAAAAGUCUUCGCACGGUGAAAUAGUCGAGGAUGAAAAUAUUAUCAUGAAUGUCGGCGACGAAGCAGAAAAACGAUUGAUGGGCGAGGAGGAGAAAUAUGCGGAAUUAACGAUGAAGGAAUCCAUGUUUAUUAAUGAGGAGGAGGAGAUCAAUCAAGAUGGAACCGGAACGAAGGAUCUCACGAGUAAACUCACGACCACGACCGAUCCAAGUUUGUCCGAUGCCCUGGACGACGCGGCGAUUUCGGACGACGCAUUGAGAUUACCUGAAAAUCAGAACGCGGAGCACCUGAAUAAUCAUAAUAUAUACCUGGAGACGAAUAUACCCACGGAGAAAAUCACUUGCGACAAGUUGCCGGGUUUCGAUUCCGACGAACAGCUGGACAACGAUAUGUUCUACCUGGACGAUCGUUUGCAGAGCGCCGCCGCGUUUGAUAACAAGGACGAAGCGACCUUCUCCGUUCAUCAGGAAACCAGCCCGGCACGGUACGACAUUAUUCCGUCAGCCAUCACCCCGGAAACCACGAUGAUCGCGGAUUUAUCGCACGACGACGAGGAGGCGCGAUACAAAUUCGACUUGAAACGCAUCUCGUCAGAGGACAAUUCAGAUUUACCAGGAACCUCGCAGAUUAUACUUGAUACACCACCGCGAAUGUUGAACGUCCCGACCAAAGCUGCCUUGAAGGAGACUACGACAAAUCUUUUUUUGAAAUCUCUCAACAGUUUGUCGACCAAUGAGGGGCCUCAGGGAAUGUUGAAUGAAAAAGCACAAGGCGAAACAAACAGCUUGACUGACGAAACACCCAUGUGGCAUGUUGACAUACACAGCGCUACAAAAACGCAUUCUUUAGACACUCACACUAAAGAGUUUGUAAACAUAAACACGAUAUCGGUGAUGCAAAACAGUGCUUUGAAUGACAAACGAAUUCAUACCGAUGCCAGUGUUGGUCAGAAUAAGAUCUCAACAGGUUCCACAGAUAAAUGCCUACAUAGCGGCAUACAAUGUAAUUCAAUUGUGGAAUUAGAAAAACUCGACGAAAUGAUGAUCGAGAAGACGCGAGAGAGAACGAGAGAGGACGUGUAUAAAGAUCGAAAGAAGCGAAACGGCAUCUUCCACAAAUUGAAAGAUAAACGACAGAUGAAGUAUCGAUCCGGGAGGCUGAACAGGAACGGUUUGGCGAGAAAGAUGAAGAAACAGUUUACUGGCACGAGAGAAACGAUCCUGGCUAGAAUGCUGGAGAUUGAUAUUGAGAUGCACAAGCUGAUGACGGAGAAGAUGAAGUUGCACGACAUAUUAUUGAAUAAUACUUCAUCUACCGAAAGUACCGCGGUGAAUAGGGAAAACGAUGCGAUUCCCGAGCAGGUUGGAAUAGUCCCGACGCAAUUAACGUCGCAAUUAUCGCGAAACGCCAAAACAAAUCGUGCCAAACGAAAGAAGCAUUCAUCGACAUCGUCGAAGAACCCGUCGAUUAAUAAACGAAGGAAGAUUAUCGCGUCUCGCAGUUCGGAGGACGACGAGAUGACGCGUUACACGCAGAAGACGAAGAUGCCAGUGAUUAGGUGGAAGAAAACGCCGCGAUUAGAAGAGACACUCAGCAGACAGGAAAAAGAUGUCGAGGAAGAGGAGGAUGUUGACAAAACAACGGAGCAGCAGACUUUUGCCAGCAAAGACGCCGACGUCUCUUCGGCCUUGAACGCUAGACCUGAAGACGCGAUGAUACAGAAAACUGAAUCGAACGCGUCCAAAGACGCUACGAUUGAGAAACCUGUGUCAAACGUGUCCGAAGAUCCUGAGAUACAGAAGACCGAAGCGAACGUCACAUUGGAUCAUGACGCGGGAGUGCAGGACACUGCUGGGAAAACCGAAUGUGACGUUGCCGAUAAAUCUUCGAAGCCUGCUUUGACUGGUGUUUUGCAUAAAAGUGCGGAUAAUCGUACGGACGAUUCUACUGGACGGGAACACGUGGAUGCUGAUAAAGACGUUUUCUCAGCACCGAGCAAGGUGCCGAGGGUGAAUUGUCAGGUACGUGGCACAUCAGAGUCUUUAUCCAUAUAUUCCGACGACAGCACGUGGGAUUCUCUGGUUCAGAACACCGCGUCGGAAGUGCACGAGAACAGGAAUGUAACCGGUCUGGUUUUACUGGACGAGAAACUCAAGGAGGAACAGGCGAGAUCGCGAAAGUUGAAGGCGAUUGUGCGCAAGAAGAAGAAGCAACAACUGGACAACUACCUGAAGAAAGUCAAUAAUUUGACGAUAGAGGAGGAGGAGCUUCCCCUGUCCAAGCUGUACAUCAUGAAGCUGCGACAGAAGCGAGAUUUGCUCGACUCGCUCAGCCAAAGAAAGGAGGACGGCGUGAACAACGUGGAGAUGGAUCCGGAAGUAUUGAAAAACGUGGAGGAGGUGAUAAACGCGGUGGCGGAGAACAGAGUGGAGGAUCUAUAUGAGCCUCAGGCGGCGCGAAGCGUUUCCAAUGACAUCCCGACGACGUCCCAUCUCCUGUCGCAGCCUGAGAAGCAUCAGUUUUACGUCGAUGUCGAGGCAAAUGCCAAUUCGGAUUGGCCCUCUCGAGAGAAGGAGAAUCUGGAGGAGACCGCGGGACAACAGCAGAACAACAACGACGUGUCGGACGGAUCGAAUCACGUCUUCAAGGUCGUGAAUCAGAGUAAGAUUCCGUUCUACGACGAACGCAACGUGGAACCUGACAGCAGCAUCACGCCCGAAGAGACUCUAAUCGAGAGCCAUUCCUUGAAUUGCCAACCUGUCCCGCCCAAGGAUCUUAACAACGUUGCCUCGCGCAAUUUCGACAUUAAGGUAUCUGUGCCUAAGAUUUUGAUAAAGGACGACUUCAGCCUAGGAUUGUUACAGAAAUUUAAGAAUACGGAGAGCAGCAGUAAUGUCAUCGGCACCGAGUUAGUCGAUUCUACGACGAAUGCUGAGAAAUCACUGGAGAAAACUGACAAGGAUACCUCAUCGAGUAUUAAGUCGAUCCAAGUUGCGGAAGAAGAGAAAAGAGAAGAGAAGAGCGAAACGAAUCUGAUCGAGAAGGAUGGACAGGUGGUGAUGAAAGUAGACGUGGUGAUGUGCGAUAACCAGAAUAACGUGAGCAAGUUGCAAAAAGAUGAGACAAUUAGUAUGGUAAAGGGCUACUCUGAUACUACCGAGAAUGAGGAUUCAGGCGACAGUGUCGGAUCCAACGAUAAGAUAGCAAUGACGGGUGUAGCAUGCGACUCAGAUUCCGUCGUGGAAAAAGUCAGUACGGGGCAGAAGAAAUCUGAUGCCGAGCAACAACCUUCAUGCGACGCGAAUCUUGCGUCGAAACAAGAUUAUCGAGAUUCCAGGAACAUGAAUAUUAAAGAAAAGAAAAGUAGCAAUAAUCCUGAAAGCGGUGUAUUCGAGGCAAUCCUGGAUCAGAAUACCAGUUCCAUGUCGAUUGAUCGUGCGAGCGAAAAAUCUGAAGAAUCCAACAUGUCCGUCGAUCAGAGAUCUAGUCUGGAACGCGCAACUGCUUCCGCCUUUUCGUUCGACAAGGUAACCGCGAAUAAAGCAUUAAAGACCCGUCGAAAAUCCGACGUUUUGACUCCUCCGGUACGUAGAAGCACUAGGUGCACCAAUGAAAACGUCAAAACAACCAAGGUGAACGAAGUCGACUCCAACUCGAACAGCAGUGAACUAGAACCGAGCUUGAUCCACGAGAGAGUGGAUCAAUCGACGCAACGCAGGAGCAGAUCUCCUGCGAUCACAUGGGCGAUGCGCGAUGAAAAGAUCCUGACCAACGUUAAAAGGAAUCGAGCUGCUCAGAAAGCAACUGGUCGAAGGGGAUCGAACACCGAAGUUGAAAUCAAGACUGAAAGUCGGGCGAAAUCGCGUGGUUCCUCCGUGGAAUCCGCUACUUCUUCGAGGAACAAGGCCGCGAAGAAGAGAGCGUACACGGAUUGGGAAAUAAAGAACUGUAAAGUAAGAUUAAUCGACUGUAAACAUACUCUGCUCAAGCAAAAUGUUAGUCCGGAGAUUUUAGAAGAACUUGGAAUAAUCGCUAUCAAUCCUUACGUACCGAGUGAUGUGUCUUACCCGCAAUGUGCCAUCAAGAUAUGUCAAGAUAUCGUGAUGACUCCUGCUGUAGUUUCCGAGCAAAGUUCUUGCUCUCUUUCGAAGAAAUCCUCCAAUAAGGAAAAUACCGAGAUUGAAAUCUUGGACGAGAAACCGAUGAAAAGCAAUGACGAUGAUUCCGCUUCGAUGGAGGUCGACAACCAGAAGGAAGAAACGAUGAAAACGCAGUAUACAGUCCACACAGGUCCUAUUUUAGACAUCAAGGUCUUUGAGAAAUCUUUCCUAGCAGCAAGCGAGGACGGCAAGAUAUAUAGAUAUAGCCAGAGAUCUAACGGAAUAUUGAACAUCUACAAAGGUCACAAAUCCGCGGUUACGUGUCUGCAUAUUUAUAAAUCGGAUAUAAUACCAGGCUCUAAUAAGGAAUUGAUGUAUUCCGGCUCCUUAGACGGCACUUUGCGAUGUUACAAUAUAAUGACGGCUGCGUUAAUAAAGAAUCCAGUGCAGAUAAACAGUCCGAUUCAGUGCAUGGAUCAAGCAUGGGGAAUGAUUUUUAUCGGGACUAAAUCUGGACAUGUUUCGCGUUUCCAGAUCAAAUCUAGUAGCAUCAAAGGACAUAGUAUAGCGUUCUCGGAUACGUCCGUUCUUGCGCUUAAAGCGACAAAUGAAGGUCCCCGAAGAAUUCUCAUCGUAGCUGCUCGAUGCCAACCGAUAACUAUACGAGAUGCACAGAACGGCUUGUUCCUUCGUACGAUUAGCGGCCAAAAGAAUCACACGGUUUACAGCUUGAUGCGCCAUAAUAAUCUAAUCUAUUGCGGUACAAGUAGUACGUCGAUCAACGUUUUUGAUUUCACGACGGGUGAACAAACAAUUCAAUAUGAUGCUGGAGUCGGUAUCGUAUGUAUGCGGCUUUCCGGACAAUUAUUGUUCGCAGGCUGCUACGACGGCAAUAUCUACGUUUUUGAUACAAGGAACCACAAAUUAGUAUGUAGUAUACCUGGUCCAGGGAAUAUGCUAUUGAGUAUAGAAGUUGUACAUAAUAAGAUUAUAGCGGGAAGUAAAGACAAGCGUUUGCAUUCGUGGCAAAUGCCAACUCAAGUGCGUGCCUUAUUGUAAAAGAUAUCAUAUAUAGCACGCCUAGGAAUUCUCUACUUCAAAAAUAAUUAUAUUAACUGGCUAAUUAGCUAGUUAACAGGCCACAGCGAUCGAAAAAUAGUAAAUGAAACAGAAGACUUUAUUUGGCACUGAAGAUACGACAUAAUAAAUGUAUUUUAACUUUGUCACUAUAAAUAGUAUUUUGCUAUUAUCACAUUUCUCAAAUUGCUUUUAUUUAUAUCUUUUAUAUUUAGUGAAUGCUAGAUUUAGAAAGAAAUGCUAAACAAGAGUUUUACUUAUAAUUUUUAGAAUACAGAGAUUAUUGUGACAGAAAAUAUAAAAGCUAUUUAUAGUGAGAAAGUACACUGGCUGUUGCGAAAUUGUUUGUUACCACUUAUGUGCGCUGUACGAAAGAUAUUAUACGCAACUUAUGUAAAAUGUACAUUUGUAAAGAAUUUAGACUGAACUGAGAAUGAAAAUUUUACUAUGCAUGCCUUGCGUUAAAGUAUUAGAGAAAGAAAACGUUUAUCUUUACUUAUAUUCGUUGAGAUCGUUGUGACACUUAAAAUAUGCGUAAAAUAAAAUUUUUGGUUACUAAACAUAAAACAGAUUAAGCUAUGUGUGAAAACUAAUUACGCAUGAUUGAGAAUACACGCACUCGAUGAUUUAGAUAAACUGUUAUACAAAAUACUCUUGUUCAUCGUUGUAUUUCACAAGAAUUAUUCUAGUAUUCACAAAGAUUUAUUACUCUGUGUUAAUUGUUCCUAAAAAAACUGCAUGUCCUUUAAAAAGAUCUUUUAAAAUUGACAACGUUUUCUUCGAUUUUAGUUUGUUACACAUUUUUAAGAUGUGGAAAAAAUACACUACCACACCCUGUAAUUUUUGUUUCAACUUUUGCAAUAGACAUUAAUAAACAUGUUUAUGUAUUUAAGAAAUCGUACUAAAAUGUACGAUAAGCCAUAAUCAAUGUGAAUCAAAGAAAUGUCUAUAUGUUUUUGUGCAUAUGUUAUACAUGGGGAAACGAAUAAGAAAAAACUCGUUUCCCUACAUUUAAUUCUAUAAUAAAUUCUAAAACUUAA